ACUGGUUUGGCAUGAACUGUAUACCAAUACAAAUAACAGUGUUUUUCUUCUUCUUUCCGUGUAGGCAAGAUUAGGGGGGAGAGUAUAUUCUGCCAAUCUGUCGAUCCACCACGCAAUGGCAACGGACACGAAAGACCCCUCGGCAAGGGGGAAUACAGCGCCUCAGCAUCUUCAAUCACAGACACCAUCAAGCGAAAACUCAACAGCCCCCGAACUUGCCGCCGCCGUCGACGAGUUACUCGAUCAACUGCAACACAAAUUUGAUAACGUGUCCACGGAGAUCUAUGGGAAGUUAGAUGAUAUGGCUCGACGCCUCGAUGAACUUGAGACUUCGUUGAACACGUCGCAGGAAGGUUCGACGGCCGCGAAGAGUUGAGGUGUUUCUGCAGAAAUCGAGCUUCACAACACUGGAUGAAUCGAAUGUCCGAUUCUCGAAUAUUGAAUGGACCCGAAUUCAGGUCGUUCUAUGAGCCUACUACUAUUAUUUAUAAUUUUAUAAUACAGAUAGGAUACCAAAGG